AUGUUGACUUCACGACCAGCAAGGCACCGUGAUACGGCCACUAAAGCUGCAACUGAGAGCUCGCAGGUUCCGGGGAAGCGGCGAAACGCCCCCAAACACUUACAUUGCCAAUUGAGUUUUCCUAAUUGGUAUUUUCAGAAAUUGAAACCCAGAUUUCACGCGAUUUGUUGCGCGAGCGCCGCGUUCGCCAAGGCGCGCUGCGCCGAGACAAGUCGACGUCCGCGAGCCAGAGACGCAAAAGCAUCGGUUUCCCACCACGCAGAAGCGUUGGGUUCACAGCUGUUCCAGUGA